CAGAGACGCAAAUAAAGACCGAGUACAAUAGAGCGCACAGCCGCGGGGAGAAUUAGGGUCGCCUAGGGACCGAGCGCCCAGGGCGCUAUCUGGAAGGGGACGUGGGGCGCCUGGGCAGGUCUCCAGACUCCUCCGCGGCCGCGGGAGGCGGAGGGGGACUCGUGGCCCGCAGAGGGCGCUGCUGCGCCGUCCCGCCGCCUGCCGCCCAGGCCGCCCACCCCGCGGGCGCGCCUCUCUGCAGUCCAGUGCCGACCGGCCGGGGACCCGCUUGUUCCGAGCGCGCACACUUCUCGGCCGGACGGAGGACGCCGCCAGCUCCUGGCCGCCCCUGUACUCGCCUGCGGCGGCAGCUCGGCGCACCGCCCCCGGCCCGGCACCGCGUCGCGCCCGCGUCCGAGCGCAGAACUCCGGCCCCAGGAACCUCCCGGCCGUUGGCGGACCCAGCAGCCCCGCCGCCGGCACGUUCGGCGCCCUGCUCUCGGGGCACAGGGGAGGGCGGCGGCCGGCUGGUGAUGGGCGGCCCGGCGGCGCGGAGGGGCGCCGGGGGGCUCCGCGCGCUGCUCCUGGCGCUGGUGGCCGCGGGGAGCCCCGCCGGCGCCUACAAUCUGGACCCGCAGCGCCCCGUGCGCUUCCAGGGUCCCGCCGGGUCCUUUUUCGGCUACGCGGUGCUGGAGCACUUCCACGACAACACGCGCUGGGUCCUUGUGGGUGCACCAAAGGCGGAUUCCAAGUACAGCACUUCAGUGAAGUCCCCUGGGGCUGUGUUUAAGUGCCGCGUCCACACCAACCCUGACCGGAGAUGCACCGAACUGGACAUGGCUCGAGGGAAGAAUCGGGGCAUGCCCUGUGGAAAGACCUGCCGGGAAGACAGAGAUGAUGAGUGGAUGGGGGUGAGCCUGGCCCGGCAGCCCAAGGCUGAUGGCCGCGUGCUGGCCUGUGCCCACCGCUGGAAGAACAUCUACUACGAAACAGACCACAUCCUGCCCCACGGCUUCUGUUACAUCAUCCCAUCCAACCUCCAGGCCCAAGGCAGGACGCUGAUUCCUUGCUAUGAAGAGUAUAAGAAGAAGUAUGGAGAGGAACAUGGCUCCUGCCAGGCUGGGAUAGCGGGCUUCUUCACUGAGGAGCUGGUGGUGAUGGGUGCCCCAGGGUCAUUUUAUUGGGCUGGGACGGUCAAAGUGCUGAACGUCACAGACAACACCUAUUUCAAACUAAAUGAUGAAGUGAUCAUGAACAGGAGGUACACCUACCUGGGUUAUGCAGUUACUGCCGGACACUUUUCUCAUGUGUCCACCACCGAUGUGGUAGGAGGUGCCCCUCAGGACGAAGGCAUUGGGAAGGUUUAUAUUUUUAGAGCUGACCGAAGAUCAGGCACCUUAAUUAAGAUUUUUCAGGCAUCAGGUAAAAAGAUGGGCUCUUACUUCGGCUCCUCCUUAUGCGCAGUUGACCUGAACGUGGACGGCCUCUCUGACCUGCUCGUGGGGGCCCCCAUGUUUUCUGAGAUCAGGGACGAAGGGCAGGUCACUGUCUACAUCAACAGAGGAAACGGAGCCCUGGAGGAGCAGCUGGCCCUGAGUGGGGAUGGCGCCUACAAUGCACACUUUGGGGAGAGCAUCGCCAGCCUGGGCGACCUCGAUGAUGACGGGUUCCCAGAUGUGGCCAUUGGUGCACCCAAGGAGGAUGACUUUUCAGGAGCGGUGUACAUCUAUCAUGGUGAUGCCGGUGGGAUGGUCCCUCAGUACUCCAUGAAACUUUCUGGGCGGAAGAUAAGUCCAGUCCUGCGGAUGUUUGGUCAGUCCAUAUCAGGAGGCAUUGAUAUGGAUGGAAAUGGCUAUCCCGAUGUAACUAUUGGAGCUUUCAUGUCGGACAGUGUGGUUCUCCUAAGGGCGAGACCCGUCAUCACGGUGGAUGUCUCCAUCUUCCUCCCCACCUCCAUCAACAUCACGGCGCCCCAGUGCCACGAUGGCCAGCAGCCUGUGAACUGCCUGAAUGUCACCGCCUGCUUUAGCUUCCACGGCAAGCACGUUCCGGGAGAAAUAGGCCUGAAUUACGUUCUGACGGCUGAUAUGGCCAAAAAAGAAAAGAGCCAGUUGCCCAGGGUCUACUUUGUGUUGCUGGGAGAGUCCGUGGGUCAGGUCUCAGAGAAGCUGCAGCUGGUCCAUUUGGAGGCGACGUGUCAUCAUUACGUGGCCCAUGUGAAGCGGAGAGUGCAGGACGUCAUCAGCCCCAUCGUGUUUGAGGCCGCCUACAGCCUGGGUGAGCAUGUGAUGGGAGAGGAGGAGAGGGAGCUGCCGGCCCUGACCCCCGUGCUCCGCUGGAAAAAGGGACAAAAGAUUGCCCAGAAGAAUCAGACCGUGUUUGAAAGGAAUUGCCGAUCUGAGGACUGUGCCGCCGACCUGCAGCUUCAGGGUCACCUGUUACUCUCCAGUGUUGAUGACAGAACCCCGUAUCUAGCUAUGGGGGCUGUGAAGAAUAUCUCCCUAAACAUCUCCAUCUCCAACCUCGGGGACGAUGCCUAUGAUGCCAACGUGUCCUUCAAUGUUUCCCGGGAGCUCUUCUUCAUCAACAUGUGGCAGAAGGAGGAAAUGGGCAUUUCCUGUGAACUGCUGGAAUCGGACUUCCUCAAAUGCAGUGUGGGAUUCCCUUUCAUGAGGUCGAAGUCGAAGUAUGAAUUCAGCGUGAUCUUUGAUACAAGCCACCUGUCUGGGGAAGAGGAAGUUCUUAGCUUCAUCGUUACUGCUCAGAGCGGCAACAUGGAGCGCUCAGAGUCCCUGCACGACAACACCCUCACGCUGACAGUGCCGCUGAUGCACGAGGUGGACACAUCCAUCACUGGAAUCAUGUCUCCAACCUCCUUUGUGUACGGCGAGUCUGUGGACGCAUCCAGCUUCAUUCAGCUGGAAGACCUGGAGUGUCAUUUCCAGCCUCUCAACGUCACCCUUCAGGUCUAUAACACUGGGCCAAGCACCCUUCCUGGGUCAUCUGUCAGCAUCUCUUUCCCCAGUCGUCUGUCACCUGGAGGAGCUGAGAUGUUUCAUGUGCAGGAGAUGGUGGUGGGCCAGGAGAAGGGAAACUGUUCUUUCCAGAAAAACCCAACCCCCUGUGUCAUCCCUCAAGAACCAGAAAAUAUCUUCCAUACAAUAUUUGCUUUUUUCACAAAGUCGGGAAGAAAAGUCUUGGACUGCGAAAAGCCAGGAAUUUCUUGCCUAACAAUGCACUGUAAUCUUAGUGCGCUGGCUAAAGAAGAAAGUCGUACUAUAGACAUUUACAUGCUGCUGAACACAGAAAUACUGAAGAAGGACAGUUCAUCUGUCAUCCAGUUCAUGACCCGCGCCAAGGUGAAGGUGGACCCUGCCCUGAGGGUGGUGGAGGUAGCCAGUGGGAACUCAGAGGAGAUGACGGUGGUCUUCGAGGCGUUGCACAAUCUGGAGCCCCGAGGCUACGUCGUGGGGUGGAUCAUUGCCAUCAGCUUGCUGGUGGGAAUCCUCAUCUUCCUGCUGCUGGCUGUGCUGCUCUGGAAGAUGGGCUUCUUUCGCAGAAGGUACAAAGAAAUUAUUGAAGCUGAGAAGAACCGUAAAGAGAAUGAAGACAGUUGGGACUGGGUCCAGAAAAACCAGUGACCUGCCACCCCACCCCACCCCGGUCAUGUGGCCCAGUGGUUCGCCUGUCUUCCUGAUCUUUGUAUCUUCCAUAUUUGGAAGAAAGAAUCUUCUCCAGAUUUUUCGGAGGCCCCACGAUGCUGUUCUCGUCCUCGUUCUCUCAAGCCCAGGUGCCAACCUGAGGCAGUCACUUCGGCCAGGUCACCUGACUGGAACCACCACCACUUCCUUUUCCAGCUGAACCCACAACUUUGGAAAGCCGGCUGCAGAGCCAGGCGAUAUUUAUGGAUGCAACAUGCGUGGUCAACCCUCAGGGGAAAACUGUUACCUAAAAGUAUUUUUAUAAAUAUAAGCCUUUUAUACUGAUUAUGUCUUUAUAUUUGUAUCGAUGUUUUAUUAUUUCUAUUAAAUGGUUAUAUAGUUCACUCAAGCACUGAUAUCUGGCCUGAAAUCUUGGAAAUACUUGUAUAUUCAUACAAAUGUUAAAGGAUAAAGAUCUUAUUGUACUCUGGAACUUGCUGUUAAAGAAGACUCAGAUGAAAUCAUCUGAAGAAACCUCAUGUGAUGAAUCCACCCAGCGGGUGGUGCUGUAUAUCAGCUGUGGUUUGGGGCUGAGCCCGAAGGCAUCUCACAUCUCUGUUGCCUGGAGUCAAGUGCGGAAUAAUGUGCUGAAGAACCA